AUGUUUAUAAAUACCAACCAGGACGAAAGUGUAGACAUGGUUUAUGAAAAUGGCUACUUUGUUGUGGUUCACAGAAGCAUAUCUAAGAAGAAAAGAAGCCCAAAAUCGCAACAAAGGAAGAACAAGGAAAACGCCAAAGAAAACUUCCCCUUCGACAAUAAGAACAAGAAAGACCCUCAACAGACAUUAUUCACGAAUCUUCUGAAGAAAGUUGCUUAA